AUGGCGACGACCGUCGGGCCGUACAACGCCGCCACACCUGACGAGAAGAAGGAGCCGACGAGGCCGCUCGCCCACCCGUACAUAUCCCCGUCUGUCUACCCGGCGACGACCGACGAGGACGACGACGUCGAGGUUCAGGAGGAGGCGUCCACCGCCACAAAGCGAGGGCGCUCGACCGCGCAGUACCUCGGCAAGCGCCGGCGCGCGCUGUGCUGGUGCGGGUGCUGCGUGACCACCGUGGCCGUCGUCGGGAUCGUCGUCCUGGUGCUCGCGCUGACCGUGUUCCGGGUGAAGGACCCGGUGUUCACCAUGAACCGCGUGACGCUGGAGGACGUGGACGGCGACUUGCUGGGCGCCGUGAACGCGACGCUGAGCGCCGACGUGUCCAUCAAGAACCCGAACGUGGCCUCGUUCAGCUACGGCCGGAGCGAAACGGGCUUCUACUACGGCGGGGAGACGGUGGGCGUGGCGUACGCGCCCGACGGCGAGGUGGGCGCCGGCCGGACCGUGCGGAUGAACGUGACGCUCGACGCGCUCGCCGACCGGAUCUCCCGCAACGUCGGCUUCGCCGACCUCGUGUUCGGCCGGGAGUACGACCUCACGAGCUACACGGAGAUCAGCGGGAGGGUGAGCGUGCUGGGGAUCUACAAGAGGGACCUUCACAUCAAGGUGAACUGCUCCAUCACCCUGGAGGUCAGCAGCGCCUUUAGCUCGGUGGAGAGCAAGACGACCGACUGUGUUGCAGACGUCAAGUGAGCAG